CGUCACAUCAGUCCGGAUGGUUUAGUUGUGUACACAGGAAGCAAAUUCAAGUCAUCCAGACGAGCAGGUUGGAAUUCGCUAGUUUACCAAGUGUUUUGGUCAGAUUACACUUUUUAGUAUAUAAAUUCACUCUUAAGUCAACAUGCUGAUCAAAGUUAAGACUCUCACUGGAAAAGAAAUAGAGAUCGACAUUGAGCCCACAGACAAGGUGGAGCGGAUUAAAGAAAGGGUGGAAGAGAAGGAAGGGAUCCCUCCACAGCAACAGAGACUCAUCUACAGUGGAAAACAGAUGAAUGAUGAGAAGACGGCUGCAGACUACAAGAUCCAGGGAGGCUCUGUGCUCCAUCUUGUGUUGGCGCUAAGAGGCGGCUCUACGCUCCACAGGCCCCACACAUUCCUCUCCUCCUUGUCCUGAUUGGCUGUUGUGAUUUGGCCGGCCGAGUGCCAACGCUUACGGUGUCUGUCACAGUCUAACCAUGUUACAGCACAGAGAUCUGACAUCCCACGCCCCCGGACCGCAGCAAAUACAAAAAUCCACCAACAAAGAUAAAAAGGACGUUCUGAUUCCUAUGUAGACGUUUUUCUUUCUUUCUUUUUGUAAACCCACAUUGGCAUUCUGAGUUUGACCAGUUGAUGCAGGCACCCAUGCUGUACAAAAGACAGUUUUACAACACUGUGGUCUUUUUUGCUUGUGAAUAAAUGGUGAAGUUGA